CUCGGCGGAGGCGACCGUCCGCAGCAACACCACCUUCACUCUGGCCACAUUUGAAAAUUUCGUAAGAUUCUGUAAAAUUCUUAUGUGGCAGCAACUGAAGCUUGCAGCUGAAACCGAGAGUGAGAAGGGCCGCUUCUCCUCCACCUCGGGAUGGCCCCCACCAGCAUGAUGCUGCACGAGGAUGACGUCGAUCUGGUGCGGCCCCGCCCGCGCUCCCCCAGACGCAAGCCCCCAAAGGCCCGCACAAAGCCCAAGUCCAAGACCAAGGCAAAUGUCAACAUGCAGUCGGUGCGCUUUGAGGCGCUCGGCCGCAAUUCAGAUUCAGAUGAUGAGGAGAAGGGAUUGCGGGACGAGGAGGCGGGGGGCUUUACGCGUGGUGCUCCUGCGUCGACGUUUGAUGGAAUAGACCAGGCCAAAAAGGUGGUAGACCGCGCGCGCGAUCUCGACGAUCCCUGCACAAGUGCAGUGGUCCUAAUCAGUCUGGCGGUGCUCGUCAUCACGGUGGCGCUCUGGGCGUCGCUCGGGCGGGGGGAGAAGCGCGCCCCUCGCGUGAGCUUCCUGGUGGUUGGGGACUGGGGCCGCAACGGAAUGUACAACCAGUCGGAGGUGGCAAAACAGAUGGGGCGCAUUGCGGACGAGAAGGAGAUUGCUUUCGUGGUCUCGUCGGGGGACAACUUCUACGAGCUGGGGCUGAAAAACGACAGCGAUCCGAAGUUUACGCAGUCCUUCACCGACAUCUACUCCUCUCCCGGCCUCCAAAAACAGUGGUACGCAGUUUUAGGCAACCACGACUACGCGGGCAACGUCUCGGCCCAGCUGAGCCGCCAGCUGACGGAGCGCGACCCCCGCUGGUUUUGCGACCGCUCCUUCCGCGUGCGCCAGCCGCUGUGCGCGCAAUCCAAAGAUUGCAAGGACUUCGUGACCCUGUUCUUCAUCGACACGUCCCCCUUCGUGGAGAAAUACCACGACGACUCUGUGUUUGACUUCUCGGAUCUUCCCCAUUACCCCGACUGGGACCAACAAUUAAACAGCCAGGUCGAGGAGUUGCGGAGUUGGCUGGCCAGCUCGACCGACACGUGGAAGAUUGUGAUUGGGCACCACACGAUGCGAAGCUUUGGGGAGCACGGGGACACCGUCGAGCUCGUGCAGCGAAUACUGCCCGUUCUCGAGGAGUACAACGCGCCCUUGUACAUCAACGGCCACGAUCACGACUUGCAGCACAUCAAGCGGCCCGACAGCAACGUGCACUGCUUCACAAGCGGCGCCGGUUCGAGGUCCUACCGGUCACUGCACGUCGAAGAUCCGGAUUUCAAGGAAACUGCGCGGUUUGCUCACAGGGGGCAGGGUUUCCUGUCGUUGUCGGUCAGUCAAAAAGACGUCGACCUUGAGUUCUACGAUGUCUUUGGGAACGUCGUCUAUAGCUAUAACCUGCAACAUUGAUUCUUUCAGCAGCCUAGCUUUGGGGUCAUUGUUAGUUCGCUGAAAGCGACUGGGUCGUGUUUCUUGGAGGACCCCAGUCUUCAAAGGAAACGCUCAGAACCGCUCAAAAGCGUGCCCAUUAUCGAUGCAAUCUGCCAGUCUGCUGGGAUUAACCGCAGACUAUAGCUAGAGCUCAACCCUUUUUAGAAUCUGUCAAAACAGUCAAUACACAUAUAUAAAAUUGAAGUCCCUGUAAAAUAUUCACGAGGUCGAUUGGACUGGACGUGGGUACAUGGAAGUACCCUGAUCGACUGCGCCCGCAAAGGCAGUUCGACAAGCUACGUGCAGUCGUUGACAAGGGUGCCUCGCGGG